AUGGCUUCGGGAGAUGAGAAACCGGUGAUGGUCGUCGGAGUCGACGAAAGCGAGCAGAGCACUUACGCCUUGGAGUGGACUCUCGAUCGUUUCUUUGCUCCCUACGCUCCCAAUUUUCCGUUCAAGCUCUUCAUCGUCCACGCCAAACCCAACGCCGUCUCCGCCGUUGGUCUCGCUGGUCCCGGAACCGCGGAGGUUGUGCCUUAUGUUGAUGCCGAUUUGAAGCACACCGCUGCUAAGGUUGUCGAGAAUUCCAAAGCUAUUUGUCAGAGCAAAUCGGUUCAUGGCGUGAUGAUCGAAGUUUUUGAAGGGGAUGCUAGAAACAUCCUAUGUGAAGUUGUAGAUAAACACCAUGCUUCUCUUCUUGUUGUUGGAAGCCAUGGCUAUGGAGCUAUCAAGAGGGCGGUUCUCGGGAGCGUGAGCGACUACUGUGCUCAUCAUGCUCAUUGCUCCGUCAUGAUCGUGAAGAAGCCUAAGAUCAAGCUCUGA